UGCAGUGUUGUCAACAGGUGUCCAUGGUCCCCAAAAUCCAGUUUCUUAUAUCAUUUCUCAUGGGUGUCCAACAGAUAUUUGUAUGAGCACGGUUGUUCAUACAACUCAGACAGAAAUGACUGAAUUAUCCAAAGAAGAAGGUCUCCUUCUGCAAGCAAGGUGUCUAUGGGCAGAUACGAUCCAAGCAAAGCAGAGACCAGGUCCCAGCAAAACCACCUACCACCAUGGUGCACUGGACAGCUGAAGAGAAGCAGCUCAUCGCCAGUGUCUGGAGCAAGGUCAAUGUGGAGGAAUGCGGUGCCGAGGCCUUGGCCAGGCUACUGAUUGUCUACCCCUGGACCCAGAGGUUCUUCUCUUCCUUCGGGAAUCUUUCCAGUCCCACCGCCAUCCUUGGCAACCCCAAGGUCCGUGCCCAUGGCAGGAAAGUUCUCACCUCCUUCGGGGAAGCUGUGAAGAACCUGGACAACAUUAAGGCCACCUUCUCUAAGCUGUCCGAGCUGCACUGCGAGAAGCUGCAUGUGGACCCCGAGAACUUCAGGCUCCUUGGAGACAUCCUAAUCAUUGUCCUGGCUUCCCACUUCGCCAGGGAUUUUACUCCCGCCUGCCAGUUCGCCUGGCAGAAGCUGGUCAAUGUUGUGGCUCACGCUCUGGCCCGCAAGUACCACUGAGCAUCCCGCGAAGGGUCCCCGCUUACCACAAGCAUCCCUGAAGCACAAGGAGGUGUUAACCCCUUAGGUUGUGACC